AUGCUCAAACGACUUUGUGAAUCACGUGGAGAAUCAUGGGACGAGUCGGGUCCGUCCAUUUCCGAACAUUGCUCACUUUCUACUGAGCCAUCAGUACAUAUCAGACAGGAGUACUGGGAUAAUUAUAAGUCACCUACGGCGUCACUUUCAUCGUUCGACUAUGAGGUGCCAAUACCAAGCCCGGAUUACCAAAAAAUAGCUCUUUCCGCUCGUCGUUCACGGCGAUUACGUUCGUGCCCGUCGGGGAUUACGGUGCCGCCGUCGCAAUCUGUAAGCAAUCGCAGUGUUCCGGUGUCGGCUCGCUGGCAGCCACGUUACUGCACGCCAACCUCCGAUCCGCUUCUGUUGUCUGCUCCGCUGUCGUUUCGUAUCUCAGAGCCGUUCAUGCUCUCGAAACUCGCCGUUCAAUGCGAUUCGCCGCCGCCACCGCAUCCGGCUGCGAUCGACUUCGAACCAGCACCGGUGGCGGCGUCGUUCGUGCCGAACAGCGAAGUACCAGAGUUGGAGCUGUUCUAUCCCCAGUAUUGCCUGCCGAAUGCUUCUGUGCACGAGAUGCCCACUACUAUACCUCGACUUCAGCUCAAUCAAUCUCCACCGUCAACGUCGCGGCUUUCGUCGCGAUUUCAUUCGACGCUCUUUACGAUCUCAGAGCGUCGCCCGUCGCAUGUAGUAGCUCAGGGAGAAAGUCCCAAACCAUUAUUGCAGCGCAAAAAGAAGGAACGAGAGGAAAAGAUCAACGAUCCGCUACAUAACGUUGAUUGGCUCAAUAUUAGCCCUCGACUGAUGCAGCUCGUCAAGAACGAUCUACCGAAGCUCUUCGAGCAUGUACGGAGCGACGACUCGUCUCCGGCUUCUAUUGUGCUUGUCAGUCCUCGUACUCUCAAUCAAUCUCCACCGUCAACGUCGCGGCUCUCGUCGCGAUUUCAUUCGACGCUCUUUACGAUCUCAGAGCGUCGCCCGUCGCAUGUAGUAGCUCAGGGAGAAAGUCCCAAACCAUUAUUGCAGCGCAAAAAGAAGGAACGAGAGGAAAAGAUCAACGAUCCGCUACAUAAUGUUGAUUGGCUCAAUAUUAGCCCUCGACUGAUGCAGCUCGUCAAGAACGAUCUACCGAAGCUCUUCGAGCAUGUACGGAGCGACGACUCGUCUCCGGCUUCUAUUGUGCUUGUCAGUCCUCGUACUGACAACUACUGCUUUGUGGUGGACGGUGAGCGAGUGCGUAUGGGCGAUAUCCUCGGAGAUGAUCAAUGGUGGAGGCAUACGUCACGGCCGACAAAGUACUUCUAUUCAGAAGACCUGAGGCAGUUUCAUCGUGUGAACUGUAUUGCCGUCAAGGGUAAAGUGAUCACCGCUAAGUUAGCCACUUCGGUACUUCAGGUACAAGCGGCUGCAGCCGGAGUCGCUUCGUCAGCGUCGACACCGCGCUCAUCUGUGAGCGGCGCGUCGGCGCGCUCGCACAUUCGUGACAAUAAGGUCCCGUUGGCGCACGUCUAUAAAGUUAUUCGUUUCUAUUCCUUCUGGAAGACGUGCACCUCCUUCCAUCGUAUUGUCACGAUGAUCGAUCGGGUCACGGACGAUCGAAAUUCAAACCCGGACUUCAAGAAGCGUCUUUUCGUACAGUAUCUCUGGCGUAACGCCAAGGCCGUCGAGAAGGCCCGCGUACAGAAGGAAUUCGAUCCGCGACGACAACGCCUGCUACGAUUCGUCACCGAUCCGACAGCUCGAAAGAGGUUUCAAAAGAUGUGA